ACUGAAUUUCCCACAUGACAUGAAAAUUAUUGAUUUUGAUGGAACGAAUUUCUCUCUAAAAAUCGAAACAUUGCGACAACCAAAACUUGCACGUGUUCUUUUUUUGAACAAACACACUGAAGAAGAAUGUGAAGUACCAGAAGAUAUCAAAU